GGAUUGGUUGUGGCCGCCAGCUCGGCUGUGUGGAACGCGCCGGGACCCAGAGCCGGCGGCCUGAGGGAUGGACGAGAAGAGCCCACUAGUGUCCCCCGAGCGGGCCCAACCCCCGGAGUACACCUGCCCAUCGGGUUCGGGCACUUACUUUCCGCAGGUGCCGGGGGGCGCGGUCCGCGUGGCGGUGGCGGCCGGCUCGGGUCCCUCUCCACCGAGCUCGCCGGGCCACGAUCGGGAGCGGCAGCCGCUGCUAGACCGGGCCCGGGGUGCAGCGGCCCAGGGUCAGACCCACACGGUGGCGGCGCAGGCCCAAGCCCUGGCCGCCCAGGCCGCGGUGGCGGCGCACACCGCGCAGGCCCACCGCGAGAGGAAUGAGUUCCCGGACGACCCCGAGUUCGAGGUGGUGGUGCAGCAGGCCGAGCUGGCCAUCGAGCGCGGCAUCUUCCCGGAGCGCAUCUACCAGGGCUCCAGCGGAAGCUAUUUCGUCAAGGACCUGCAGGGGAAGAUCAUUGCAGUCUUCAAACCCAAGAAUGAAGAGCCAUAUGGACAUCUUAAUCCUAAGUGGACCAAAUGGCUGCAGAAGUUGUGCUGUCCCUGCUGCUUUGGCCGUGACUGCCUUGUCCUCAACCAGGGCUAUCUUUCAGAGGCAGGAGCCAGCCUGGUGGACCAAAAACUGGAACUUAACAUUGUACCCCAUACAAAGGUAGUAUACCUGGCCAGUGAAACCUUCAACUAUAGUGCCAUUGAUCGAGUGAAAUCCAGAGGCAAACGGCUUGCCCUAGAGAAAGUGCCAAAAGUUGGGCAGCGGUUUAACCGCAUCGGGCUACCACCAAAGGUUGGUUCAUUCCAGCUCUUUGUUGAAGGCUAUAAAGAUGCAGAUUACUGGCUGCGACGUUUUGAAGCAGAGCCUCUCCCUGAGAACACUAAUCGGCAAUUACUUCUGCAGUUUGAGCGGUUGGUGGUGUUGGACUACAUUAUUCGCAACACUGAUCGAGGAAAUGACAAUUGGCUGAUUAAAUAUGACUGUCCCAUGGAUAGUUCUAGCUCUCGGGACACAGACUGGGUGGUGGUGAAGGAGCCUGUUAUCAAAGUGGCUGCCAUAGACAAUGGGCUGGCUUUCCCAUUGAAGCAUCCUGACUCCUGGAGGGCAUAUCCUUUUUACUGGGCCUGGCUGCCCCAGGCAAAAGUUCCAUUUUCUCAAGAGAUCAAAGACUUGAUUCUUCCAAAGAUAUCUGACCCUAACUUUGUCAAGGACUUAGAGGAGGACCUCUAUGAACUAUUCAAGAAAGAUCCUGGUUUUGACAGGGGCCAAUUCCAUAAGCAGAUUGCUGUCAUGAGAGGACAGAUCCUAAAUCUGACCCAGGCACUGAAAGACAACAAGAGUCCCCUGCACCUCGUCCAGAUGCCGCCUGUGAUUGUCGAGACAGCCCGUUCCCACCAGCGGUCUGCUAGCGAGUCCUACACACAGAGCUUUCAGAGUCGGAAGCCUUUCUUUUCAUGGUGGUAGCCUUAGAGGCAGGAAAACCUGUGUGAGACAGAGGCUGGGAGGAAGCCUGGAGACCUAGGUACAAGGAAGCCAGAGAAGUCUGUGGACAGCAUCGCCUUUCAGAGUCCUCCCUCCUGUUCGAAGCCUCCCUUGGGGCUUUCCCACCCACAGGGAGAAGCACAAUCAGGGACGAGAGUGCUCCUGGGCCCUUCCCAGUGCUGGGGAGGCUGGAGUUCCAAGCAGGGAGUCCAGGUGGCUGCAGCGGAGCAGUGCCCUUACAGCAGCCUCCUGGAGGCAGGUUGGGAAAGUCCCUCCUUCCCUGACACCCUGCUUCAUUGCAAUUCCCUAUUAUAUUCUGCAUCAGAAAGAAAAACAAAACAAAACAAAUUUCAAUGCUUGUAGCAGAAUCCAGUUCCUAUCAUGUCAGAAGCUUUGAAUUCAAAAUUUGCAUCGACCCAGACAUUUGGGUACUUACUCCCAUGAACCAAUCAGAGGGCCACUGGGUGGCUCACAGUGCUGGGACAGAAGCCUCACCUUUCCAUCUUUGCCAAAUUUUCCCCUUUUCCUCUUAAUCAUGCAGUACUGGCUCCUUGUGGGGGGCAGCUUUUGCUCUGCCCUUCCAGCAGUUCUACAUGUGAUUUAUAGACGCUCUCUGUUCUCUGCCAUGCUAUGGCUUGCUGUCAUUCAAGCAGAGGCAGGAGAGCUAGCCUUAGUGUUUCUGUUUUAAUGGGAAGUUGGCUCCCUGCCUGUGAAGAUGAUCCACACGGCCUAAGUUUAUGCCGGGAGCUGGGAGUGGUCAUGAAUGGACCUAUCCCAGCCUUGCUUCCUGAGUCCUAGUCCUCUUCAGACUUGUUUCUGUUGUUUUACAUAUAUUUUUCCAACUCUUGACUUAGGAGUUCAGUUUAGGUUCUGGGGGUGGGUCUCUGGGAGUAUUCUGGAAUAAACUGGCUCCUAAGAGGCCAGGAUACCAGGUCCCUGGGCUUCUUUAAUGUUACUGCUGCUUGUGGUGGAUGCAGCUUGACUUGGGAUUCUGUCUCCUAAUUGGCAGUUUCCCUUUGCUCCCUGGCUUCUGUCCUGGGCUUGUUUCUUCAUGGCUUUUUGAAAAAGUUUGAGCCCAAAGGAGGAAGAUCUGCAAAUCGUCCCCAGUGCCUGCCCAGCUCAGUGUGUAUCUCUUUGCUUCCAUGUGUCUUCUCCCAGCUGUCCCCCCUUGCCAGGUGUUCAAGCCCUUUCUACACCAAAGCAAAGAAUGGCCUCAGGAGGGAGUAAAAGGGAGUCACUUAUGGCUGAGGGGCAGCUGUGUUCAUGGUCUGUGCUGUGGACACCUGUGGUUCUUGUAUCCUGCGACUGGUCAAUCAGCCUUGAAAAGAAACUAUCUUGAAGGUUUGAAAACAGCCAAAGAAAGGGAGUGAGGGCUAUUGCUAUGUGUCUCCUCUGCCUGUCCACCUCCCACCAUCCAGGAGGCAUAGCAGAAAUUUCAGUCCUCCUGUGAACCCGGCCAGACUGCCUCGCCGUCCAUUCCAGCUCAAGAGUCAGCUUGUCCUCACCCAGCUGACAGGAAGUUUGAGGCCUAGAUAUGCAUGCCCCGUGGACAGACACUAUGCCACCACCUGCCUGUCCUGACAGUCCCAUUCCGCCCGCCUGGACUCUGGCCUGGGGAAGCAGAUUUAAGAGAAUAGUUGCCUCCUGACCACACAAGCCAGGCAGGAGCCUAGGUGUGCAUCACUCUCCACAGACAACAUCAUGUGAACCUGCUGGCAAGGCUCCCCACUGGGGUGCUCAGGAGAGCCAGGGGUGCCUGAAGAGGAGCCUAAUGCUUCACCAGCCUCAUCUGCACUGUCCAGCUCCAGACCAGCCCUGCAACUUGAAGGAAAUUGGGUCCAAUUUAAGGGGGAGCCUAGUUCCAGGCCUGCAGGCAAGAGUGUAGGCUGGUCCUUUCCUGGCCCAUCUCUUCUCUCCCUUGAAGCCUGUACUCAGGUUGCCUUGAAUGUGGACUUUGGGAGGGCUAGAGGCUCAGAGUGCCUGGGCAGGCUUCUGGGCAACACUUCUAGAAUAGCUGUCCUGCCCACCUGCCUGCCCUUCUCUGGCAGUGGAGGGUGGGCUGUGCGCUGCUGCUGCCCUCUAUUGGUCUUCUAAUGCACUGUAGAAAUUGUAUGUAAUGUAUUUAAAUCAAUGCAAAUGUAUGAAUAACAAAUCAAGUUCUGA